AUGGGUACGAAAAUUUCAACUAUAUUACAGCCGAACGAGCAAACUAGUCUUCUCAGAGGGGACAGCCAACCCAAUCCAUAUGAGCCAUUUCACCCUAGAGUAAAGCAACAACAUUACGACCCGGCAAUCGAACAGGAACGAGAAGAGCGUUUAUUACAAAAUAUAGUCCAACAAACGGAAGAAAAUUUGAUUGUUAUAUCCAACGCUAGGCCGGAACGGUUACCACCGCAAGAUGCCAUUGAUCGCGCCAACGAAUACAAGGAGCUGUUAAGCACCGUUAAACUUGAUAAUGAUGCUUUGCAACAACUACACGAAAAAAUAAACACACUUACAAGACAUCAUAGACUAUCAACAAUAACAACGGACGAGACGACAGAAACUCAAAAAACCCCUUUUGAGAUUUUGAGCGAAAAUUCGAUUACAAAGGAAGAGAUUGACUUGUUGUCCGAAGCAUUAGAUGAAGCUAACGCAGCAAUGCAGCACUUUGAGAUUGAAUACGUGAGUGAUCUAGUGGUACCGCUGUCAUGGGUAUCAUCCACUCCCGUUCACUAA